AUGGAUAUUCAAGCAGAAACUUUAAUUACGCUUGUCCAAGAGAGACCUGUUCUGUGGGAUAAGACCGAAGACGUCUAUAAAGACAAAAACUUAAAGUUAGCAGCAUGGCGUGAAGUAUGUUUAAUACUGAAACCAAACUUCGAUGAACUGGAUGAAAAAGAAAGAAAACAGUACAUCUCCGAACCUCGACCACCACAUGAGUCAGUUUCAAAAAAAGCAAGAACCGAGACUAAAGUAGGCAUGGAAUCAGAUUUUCGUUCACCUUUAAUUAAAGAUAACAGAAAAAUUGAUAAUAAAGAGGUAAAUGACAGGAUGGUAAAGUUUUUGGACUCCAGAAUAAACCCAGAAAAAGAAAACCAUCAUCUGUCUUUCUUCAAAGGCAUUAUACCAAUCUUAAACACUUUAACUAUCGAAGAGACUUUAGAAUUUCAAGCUAGCGUCAUGACAAUGUUGCAAAAAAUUAAAAGUAGGAAUUAUGAGAGACCAAAUUACGGACAUUGGCGUGAUUCAUAUAAUCAGAUGACCGGACCAGAUCAGUAUUCUGGAUGCUACACACAUAAUAGCGUCAAUCAACAGGCAACACCUACGCAAGAUCAACACUACCCUGGAUACUCUACGCAAUAUAAUAGUAGCAAUCAACAGGCAAAAACAUCUAUACCAUCAACUUCAUCUCAGACAUCGAAUCCGAUUCCAGCUUCGCCAUCAGCAUCUAGUAAUCAUUCCAUACAUUCCCAAGACUCAGAUUACUUAGAUUUUGAAGGGAUUUAA